UUGAAUUGUUUUAUACAAAAAAUGUUUUUUUUAAGAAAUAUAAUAUUAAAUAAUUGUUUUAAUAUGUAAGAACACUUUAAAAUAGUGAUAGAGAGAUGAUUUGAUUAAAAAAUUUAGCAAAUUUUGCUUUAAAACGUUUUCUGCUACAAGAAAGUGUAAAAUGACGAUGUUUGUGAAAUGGUUUGUACAGUGCUUCUUCCUUGUUAGUGUCUCUCAGAGUUUUGUUUAUGUUAUGUCGGUUUUUUUUAACUUGUAAUAAAUAAUGAGUGCUGAAAAUAAAUCGUUAAUGAUGAAAUAAAACGUGCGGUUUGGACUUUUACUAUGCGUGAUUCACCUGAUGAUUUUAUCAAUGUGACUGUUUGGGGAAGCUCAGAAUUUAUUAAUUCUCUUUUCAAUAAAUUUCAAAUUGGUUCUGUUGUUGAAAUUAUAAGCGGUAAAGUGAUUGGUCGAUUAGUGGAUGAUCCAAAUGAAUCAUUUGUUCCUUCUGUAACUAGUCAACUUAAAAUUACUGUCAAUGAAGGCAGUGCUUUAAUACAAAAUCACGAUUCAGAUGAUAAGGCUCAAUUGUUACCAUUACUAAAUUUGCCCACAAAAUCAAUGGAUACGUUAAGAACAUUGAGUUAUGCUUUGGAUCAUAUUGAAGAGCUAAAAGAUCAAUUUAUUGAUCUUCUUGUUAUUGUUACCUUUAUUGGUGAAGUUCGUGAAAUAAUUAGUCGAGACGGUCGAAAUUUUAAAUGUCGUUCUUUUGAAAUAACAGACAAGUCAACAAAUAAAACAAUAUCACUUCAACUUUGGGAUUCAGAAUGGAUAAGAUUGUCUGAAUUUUGGGAACCACGAAAAACAGUUUUAUUUUUAGCCGAAAUUCGUAUUGGAUAUAAUAAUUUUAAAAAACGUAUCGACAUGUCUAUUGCGAGAAAGACUUUGAUCACUGAAAAUCCUAAUAUUUCACAAGCAAUGGAAUUAAGGCUUGCAAUUUCAAAUAGGCCCGAAUUUACGCCAACUGAUCCUUUUUCUAUUCCAAAUUUGAAAAAUAUUACUUCCGUUAUGACUGUACAACAAAUUACUGAGAAAUUGAAUUCAACUCCCGCCGAAAAUUACGAAAGAAUUCAAUUUUUUGUUAUUUUAUAUGCACAAAUCACUGAAAUUAAUUUAGACAGCAAAGAUGGAAAUGUUUUAAUGACAAAAUGUGCUCUUUGCAAAAGACUCGUGCAAAAAGAUCAAGAUUCAUGUAUGAAUUUGGAAUGUCCAUCGGGAAAUGGAAGUCAAAAACCAUACAAUGUUGUUAGUUUUGUUGUAAAAUUGAAUUUAAAAGAUGACACUGGCUAUCUUAUUGGAUGUAGAAUAAUGGGAAAUGCAGGGGAACAAAUUUUUGGAUGUACAGCUACAGAAUUCCAAGAAUUAAAUGAAGAACAGCGUCUGGAAUUAAAAUGGCAAUUUCUUUUUGCUAAAUUUGCUGUUAGAAUACAAAUUUUAGGUCCAACAUCAACAAUGAAUCGAGCGGUUUACAAUAUUUUAUCAAUGACUCGAAUUGAAAAUGCUGAAGAUUUAUUUUUUGACAACACAACGAAAAAUAAAUAGUUAAAAAAGCUAUAUAAUAAUUUUUUUUGUUUUAUUUU